AAUUGCCCACAGCAUCAGAGCGGACGGAAAUUUUAAAAACAUUGACCAAGCUGACACCCUUGGACAACGAUGUGUCAUUAGAAAAUAUUGCUCAAGAUUCAAGGUGCACGGAUUUCAGUGGAGCUGAUUUGGCGUCUCUUGUUCGCGAAGCUGCAGUGGCGACAUUGCGAGCUACCCUGUAUUCCGGGAAUGAAAAGCAUUCAGAGCAAAAUAACGAAAUUCACGUAAAUUCUAGUCAUUUUGAAAUAGCAUUUAAUAAGGUGGCAUCAAGUGUAUCUAAAGCUGAUAAACGAAAAUAUGAUUUACUGAGGGAAAAGUUUGGAUGUGCAACGGGAAAUAAAGUUGCCGGACAUGCUGAAUGA